CAUGGAUUAGAUAUUAUUUUUCAGAUUUUCUUUUUUUCUUUUUUCCCCUCUUCAUAUAUUUCUUCACUUCAUUCUCCUUAUCUAAAAACCCAAAGUUCUCCCCUUUUUUCACUAUUCAGAAAAAAAAGAGACUAUUAGGUGUCUAAGAAGUUAAAAACAAUUGCAGAGAAACAGUGAGAGAAAAAUGGCUGCAAAUGCUUCAAUCUUUAGGUCUCCAGCUCAACCCUUUCAACCCUUUUCAGCUACUAACCGAAUGAGAGCUAGUAGCUUUAUGGGUGCUUCAUUGCGAAAUAAAUCUCCAAAGAAGAAAAGAUCAGCCAAUAUUAAUGGGAAAGUGAGUGCUACUGCUACUGUUACAGCAAGUCCUAUGCAAGAAAUUAAAGAGUAUCCGCUCCCUUCGUGGGCAAUGUUCGAACUAGGGAAGGCUCCGGUAUAUUGGAAAACCAUGAACGGUCUUCCUCCUACCUCUGGAGAAAAGUUGAAGCUUUUCUACAAUCCAGAAGCAAGCAAACUCGCUCCGAACGAAGAGUUCGGGAUUGCUUUUAAUGGAGGUUUCAAUCAACCUAUCAUGUGUGGUGGUGAACCUAGACAAAUGCUAAAGAAAGCUCGAGGCAAAGUUGAUAAUCCGAUAUACACCAUCCAGAUAUGCAUCCCUAAGCAUGCUGUGAACUUGAUCUUCUCAUUCACAAAUGGAGUUGAUUGGGAUGGUCCUUACAGACUCCAAUUCCAAGUUCCAAAAGCAUGGCAAAACAGACCGAUUGAAUUCUUUAACCAGGGUUUGGCAGAGGAGCUGAGUAAAGAAGGUGCAUGUGACAGAGCAAUAUUUCCAGACACGAGUAUUGUUGUGGAUAGAUGUGCUAUGAUUGGCAACUUGUCUAAAGAAGGAGGUGAUCGAUGCAGUCUUGAUUGGGUUCCUGGAUGUAUGGAUCCUACUUCACACUUAUAUAACCCUUUGGCUAAUGUAGAUGAUGGAUCUUGCCCUCUUGAUUCUGAUGUUGAAGAGUAGUGGUCAUACACCUGCAUUUCAUACAAUGUAAUAUUUUAAUUAUUCAGUAUAGAUAUUUUAAUUAUUCAGUAUAGUUUUCUUAAAGAUUAAAA